CUGACCCAAAAUAGGAUGGAAAUGGCGACAUGAUUCGCGCCCGCAAAAAAGACGACGCUGAUUGGCCGCGUUUCCAAGCGCAGUCUUUCUCAUGUUCACUGUGAAGGUUGGCUUUCUAACAACGUACCCACUUUCCUCACAUCACCAAUCAACCAACAUGACUGAGAUCGCUACUUUCGCAGCAGGAUGCUUCUGGGGUGUCGAGAAGGCCUUUCAGAAGUUCUACAAGGACGAGGACAUCAAGGCCAGUGUCGGCUACACUGGUGGCGCCGACAACAACCCAGACUACAAGAAGGUCUGCACCGGAUCCACGAACCAUGCAGAGGCUAUCCAGAUCCACUACACUCCCAACGAUAAGAUCAAUUAUCCCAACCUGGUCGAGUUCUUUUACAGGAUGCACGAUCCCACCACUUUGAACUCACAGGGCCCCGAUGUCGGAACCCAGUACCGCUCCGCCAUCUUUUACCACUCUCCCGAGCAGGAACAGAUCGCAAAAAAGGUCACCGCUGAGGUUCAGGACAAGCAUUACAAGGGUCAGCACAUUGCCACGCAGAUCGUUCCCGCGGGCGAAUGGUUCGAUGCAGAGGAAUACCACCAAAAGUACUUGGAUAAGAACCCAGACGGCUACGAAUGCCCCUCGCACUUUUUAAGAUGGUAGAAGAGGACAACAGAAGCCCAUAAUCAAUAAAUGAUAUGCAACAUCACGAUGACUCCAGGUUCCUCCGUUUCCAGUCAUGUAGUCUAUGAAACCAAAUUUUUUGAGCCAUUGCAGAAAUCCGCACUCCUGGCCAUUGGUUACAGAUCACAAAGAAAAUAAACCGCACUUCUUUGCUCAUGGG